UUUAUCUAUUACCCCAAAGACUGUAUAUAAGGCAGUAAAUAAGGAGUUUUGAGUAAAGGGUGAAAAUAUCCUCAACAGUGUUAAUUCUUACAGUCUGGCUGACAACGCACAUCCUAGUAAUUGGCAAGUCCACCAGAAAUGGGGUAAAACAACUAAAAAUACAUGGUGGAUUACAUAUACUUCUACAUUAAAGUUGUCAUAAUUUAUUCGAUGAUAUCACACUUCUCGGUGCUUGACCGCUUGUGUCAGGGAGGAUGAGCUAUUUAUCUGGUUGAUUUCCCUUGUCGGCCUUCGUAAUUAACUGCUGCACACCUUGUUAAGAGAUAAAAUCUAUCUAACUGCCAAUCGUUAUCUGUGAUCAGGAAUCUUACAGCAGGAGAUUGCAAAGACUCAUUUGCUUACCUGGAUGAGCAUAAUAUUCACAUCUCCUCAAAGAGAAAGUCCUCAGGAAGCAACUGAUUUUAUCAAAGAAGGUGUCAAUUGUACUUAAACUGUUGACGUUGCAUUGCUGGCAAAGUGAGGGGAAAACUUAAGCUGGAUUAUACUGUUACUGUUUUUCUCUGAGUCGCUCAUACACCAGUGAUGCAGGUUCUUGAUGAUGAAACCAUGCAGAAGCUAGCAACUGAAAUGAACUUAUCUGAAACAGCAUUUGUAAGGACCCUGUCUGCAACAGAAGAUUUUCAGUCAGGUAGCAGAUAUGGUCUUCGCUGGAUGACACCUACCAUUGAAGUGGCCUUGUGUGGGCAUGCUACACUUGCCUCUGCAGCAGUGUUGUUUUUCUGUUUAAAUAAUCCUUCUCCUGAGUUGACCUUUGUGACCUUGAGUGGUGAGUUGAAGGCCAGAAGAUGUGAUCCAUUUGUCAGCCUUGACCUUCCUCUCAACAGUUGUGAACCCGAGACUGUGAAUGAUGCAGAGGAAUUGAUCAAGUUAACGAUAGGUGGUUUUGCUGUGAAAGAACUUCAGCACUGUGCUCAUACUAAGGAUUUGUUGAUACUCUUAGAAGAAAAUGUAACAAGACUACAGCUAGAGAGCAUGCAGCCACAUGUAGAUCAAAUGAUUGCCACCCACAAUACAGGACGCAUAAAAGGAGUGAUUGUAACACUAGGAGGUUCUGAAGGCAAUGGUUGUGUGGACUCGAAGGGAAAAGUGUAUGAUUUUGUGUCUCGCUAUUUUGCACCCUGGAAUGGGAUAAAGGAAGACCCUGUCACAGGGUCAGCACACACUGUCCUGUCCAGCUACUGGUCAAAGAAGUUGGGGAAGAAAGCACUUUACGCACGCCAGUGUUCACCAAGAGGAGGUGACCUCAAAAUUCAAGUAAGAGAUGACGGAAGAGUUGACAUUGCAGGAGAAGCUGCCAUAGUCUUGAGUGGGAACAUCUUUAUCUAGUCAACAUUUGUGAACUAUCAACAUUAUUAGACAUGUUGUUCAUCAAUCACAAAUAAUAAAAACUGAAAACAAAGCUAUGAAAAAAAAAAGAAAAUUGACAGUCAAAGAAGCAUUUCUACUUUUAAAAUAUAUGUUGUUCAUAGAAUUGAAAAGAAAACCCUGUAAAAAGAAGAGAUGUAUUAGUUAGUUACUGCAUAAUUGACAAACCUGCAUAGGAAAAGAUUAGAUUCUACAAACAAGGGAUACCUGUAUAGCUUUAAACUAGACAGAAAUGAAAAAUUGGUGUAAGUUUGAGAUCAGCAGAAAACUUUUUAUCCCAAAU